CACUCCGCAACGUGCUUCACUCCCUGGCCCUCCCUUUUAAGCACAGUGUAGGGUGUGUGGCCAGCAGGGUGCCUACCACGGAGGGAGGCAGGAAAGGAGCAGGUUUUCGCGACCUCGUCUGUUGGCCUGCAGUACCAAGGGGUGGGUGAUCCAGGGAGGCAAAAUCCCCAGUUAGGAGGUUUCUUCACCUGGUUUUCCUUGCCUGGUGGGCUUCCCAGUCUCUAGCCCAGACAGUGAGAAAGAAUCCACUGAAGCCACAUACUGCUGAUGCACCAGCCUAAAAAUAAUUAUGCAAAAAAUAAUAAAAGAAGCUGUGAGCCUUGCAUCAAGAGAAGAACAAAGAAUGGACUGUCGUAAUGAAGACAAUGUAAGCUUUAUCCGCCUUAAGACCAGGGACAGCUGCCAUGCCUUAAGGCUAAAAAAGCGGAGUUUGGCAGUGAAUGUACGUCGACAGCGUCUGGAGGAGGUGGUAAAGAAACUAAAGGCUCCCACAACAGAAGAGUUUACACAAUUAUGUCUUCAUCUUAAGAAGCACAAAGAUCUAUAUGCCUUGCAAAAGUUGCGCCAUGCUCUUAGCAGCAGUGAGGAUAAUAUUACUGUUUUCCUUAACUGCCAGGGUGCCUUGUACUCCUUGGUUACCUGUUUAACAGGACAGGACGGUGCUCUGCAGAGAGAAGCAGCAUGCACCUUGGUUAACUUGGCUCUGGGUAAUGAAAAACAUUGUGUGGAGGUUUGCAAGCAAGUGGGUGUCUACUUAGUUCUUCAUCUAGCUAACAGUAAUCCAGACCUGCAGGACCCUUGUGCUUGGUGCAUUGGUAACCUGUGUGGGGGCAAUGCUGAGGUGUGCAAGCUGCUGGGAUCACAGGGCAUGGAGGAAGUCCUUGUGAAGGCCCUCACAUCCCAUGCACCUCAUGUCAUUCAGUCUGCAGCCUAUGCCCUCACCCAAUACCUUGCUACACUCCAAGAAAGGAUAAGACCAGUGUCAGGAGCCCCAUUGGUCCGACACCUUGUUGAUGCUCUGAGUAUGACUGGAGGGCUCCCUGAGGUUGGCUGGUGUUUAUUUAUGCUCUCAACAGAUCAGGAAGUAUGUCGCCUGCUGUUGGAUCAAGGUAUAAUAGGAUCAGCUUUUAAUAUUCUGGAGAAACUAGUCAAUGAACAGAACCUCAGUGUUGCUGCAGUUACUCCUAUCAUGAGAGUGUUGAUGAACUGUGCUGCAUCUGUGCAUGGAACAGCUGUUGAGAUAUGUUAUCGCAAUGAACAAUUUGUGCAAGUGACAAGAGCUCUGCUUUAUUCUUCCACUCCUCACCUACAGACAGAAACUGUACACUUCCUUGCAAAUGUUUUGAAUGCUGCAUCGGCUGAAUCACUGACAGGUCAGUGUGUUGUGGAGGACUUGAGCCUGAGGCCACGGUUGGAGCCUGCAUUGCGCCGAGCCCUGGCUGCCCACUUCACACUCCACCAGCCAGAGCCACAAGUCUCCUUCUCUGGAGUGUUGCGAUGACCUGCCCACUUGGCUUAUUUUCUAUAUUUGUUGCUUUCAGUUUGAAAAAUAAAGUUAUUUUGAAAUAU